AUGGCUCCGAUUGUGUCUCCGUCAGCGCCGGCCUCUUCGUCGAAACCCAAGUCAAAGAACAGACGUACCAAGUCGUCUGCUAAAAAGAACUUGAUUGCUGCCCAGCCGCAGGAAUCUGCUAAUGUAGAUCAGGACCUUAUUCCACUGGGCGAUGUAGUGAUGGGAGAAAGCACUGCAGACGGUGAUGGCGGAAUGGAUGUCGACAACGAGAACACUCCAUAUUUUCCUGCCCUGCCUGCGUCCGCUCAACGUGCGACCGAGAAAUCAGAGACGAGGAAGAUCCCUAUACCACCUCAUCGCAUGACACCUCUCAAAAAGGAUUGGGUCAAUAUAUUCUCGCCGUUGACGGAGAUGCUGGGCUUACAGGUCCGGAUGAAUGUUCAGAAGAGAGCUGUAGAAAUCAGGGUAAACAUCCAAACAUACAAAAGACAUAGGGGCAAUCCAAAAGGAGCUGAUUUUGUUAAAGCAUAUGCGCUUGGAUUUGAUGUAAACGAUGCCAUUGCAUUAUUACGACUUGAUGAUUUGUACUUGGAUUCAUUCGAAAUCAAAGACGUCAAAACAUUACACGGAGAUCACUUGUCCAGAGCUAUUGGGCGAAUUGCCGGGCAUGAUGGCAAGACGAAGUUUACUAUUGAAAAUGCUAGCCGAACACGAAUCGUCCUGGCCGAUACAAAAAUCCACAUACUUGGCUCAUUCCAGAACAUCAAAAUCGCCCGUGACGCAUUAGUUUCACUUAUUCUUGGCAGCCCACCGGGCAAGGUAUACGCCGGCUUGAGAACUGUCGGCGCCCGCAUGCGACAGAGGGCGAUUUAG